AUGCGCUCCGCGAUCUUCCUCGGCGCCGCCGCCCUCUUCGCCCUAGUGGCUGCUGACAAGACUGGUGAGAUUAUACAGGCUUACACUACGAGCGAUGGCGUGAUGAUUCCAGGGCUAAUGACGUCGGCGAUAGUCACGGUCGUAACCACAGUGGCACCAACCGAUUGUUCGGCGGUUCCUGUCGGUGAGUGUUCAGAUGCUGCCCUGUCAACCCCCCUCAGCACUGGCACGACCCUCAUCCUGACGUCUCCCCAAUCACUCCCCUCGCCUCCGUCAAGCUCACCAGUCUUGUCAACAAGCCCCUCCCCCAAUGCCCUCACAGUCCUCACGUCUGCACUAAACACCAACUCACCCAGCCCACCCGUCACCUUCGCACCUGGCGUCUUCACCUCUUACGGCCUCACGGUGACAACGAGCUCAUUGUCUGAAACAGUCCCGAUCCCGACAACUCCAAGCGCGCCAGCAACCUCGCAGCCUCCGUACACUGCCUCGACCACCGUCUCUUCCAUCGAGACCUCCGUCGAGACGACCCUCACCACGGCCACCGUUCCCGCGUCCAGCACUACGGUCGUCGUUCCACCGCCAGCACGUUCGAGCAGCGAGGUCAGCGUGAUCACCACCAGCGGCAGCAUCACGGCCUCCGCCACCGUUCCGGUCCCGCCACCCACCCUCACCGGCAGCGCUUUGAGCAGCUACGAAGCCUCCGUCGGUUCCUCGAUCCUCAGCCAAGCCACCGCGAGCGGAUCUGCCACGGGCGUCGUCACCAAGAGCAGCACCCUCACUACCACCAAAUCCGUCAAGAGCUCCAAGACAGGCGAGAUGACCGGAGCCGAGAACACCAGCCGUUCAGCCACGACCACCGCCGCUCCGACCGCAGCGACCAACGGCGCCAUCAACCAGCAGCCUGUGGCGAUUGGCAUGGUGGCAGCCCUCGGCGCCGCACUGUUCAUCUGA